CAUAAGGCGGCGGCGCGCGUGCUGACGGCAACGGUUGGGCGGGAAGUGCGGGAUGGGAGUGGUGCUGGUCCCUGGGCUCUGGGCGGUGGUCGUGUUGCUGCUGCUGGCAGGUAGCGCAUGCGCGUGCGCCAGCCUGAAGGAGCCGAUGCUCGGUUCUCCCGGUGCGAUCUCGGUGGAGGACCCGGCGGUCGUCAAGGUCGCCCAGUUUGCCGUGACGGCCUACAACAACAGGAACAACGACGCCAGUGUCUACAAGUCCGAGAGACUCAUGUCUGCCAAGCAGCAGGUUGUUUCUGGUUUGAUGUUCUUCAUUGAAAUGUAUUUGGGAAAAACACAAUGCCGGAAAUCAGAUAUUCAACAGCUGGAAAACUGUCCUUUCCUUUCACCAAUGCAGAGACUGCAUUGCAACUUUAAAGUUCAGUCAAUUCCUUGGAAGAAUGAAACUACUUUGCUGAGUGAUGUAUGCACACAAGCAAACAUCUGAAUUACUGCAUUGAGUGGAAUUGUAAAAUUAUGGUUAAUAGCUGUCUAUUACUGUAACUCCUAUUGUGUUAUCAAUAUACCAAUCAAGACUUUAUUUUCUCAUAGAAUUUGUGUUAUUUAAAUAUGAUUUGUAUUGACUAUGUAGUGGAAUUGCUGUAGCUUCUGCUAAUGCUGAAUAAACAAUCUGAACAUAAGCU